UUUCUUUCCCCGAAAAACACGAAUCUCUCGCCUCUCGGUUUCUUUUCUUUUCAGUCUCGAGUCUAAAAUAAAACGAAAAGCGAAUUAAAUUAAAUCCACUUUUUGUUUCUUCUGGUUUCGUGGUUGCGUUUUCUCCUCUUUCCUCUCUCCAUAACCAUAAGAGCUCUCUCUCUCCUGUCUCUGUUGUUUGAUUCCGUCAGCCAUGUCUUUCCGAGGGGCAAAUGCUUCAUCUGGCAUGGGUGUUGCUGAGGACAGCAAAAGCACAUACCUUGAACUGCAGAGGAAGAAAGUACACCGCUAUGUAAUCUUUAAAAUUGAUGAGAAGAAAAAUGAAGUCGUGGUUGAGAAAACCGGCGGCCCAGCUGAGACCUAUGAUGAUUUUACUGCUUCAAUGCCUGAGAAUGAUUGCCGAUAUGCAGUUUAUGACUUCGACUUUGUGACUUCUGAGAACUGCCAAAAGAGCAAGAUCUUUUUCAUUGCAUGGUCUCCAUCUGUGUCCCGGAUUCGUUCCAAAAUGCUGUAUGCAACAUCCAAGGGCAGGUUCAGAAGGGAACUUGAGGGAGUUCAUUAUGAAAUUCAGGCAACUGAUCCAACCGAGAUGGAGCUUGAAGUUAUCAGAGAACGUGCGAACUGAACAUAUACUUCAUAUCACACAGGUUCACACAUUUAAGAAUCCUACAUUUAUGUUACGUGUGCAAUCAUAAAGACGAAACAUUGUUGAUCCUGAUUGUGCAAUAUAUCCUGACAAAAAGUACAUGUAGCUUAAUAUGUUAAAAGUAAUCAGCACUUGCGAAGACUGAUGAGGAGCUCAUUUCUAAUACGCUGGUGUGAUGGAAUUUGAGCUCCUUGCUGCCGUGAUGCUUCGCAGGUGAAGUUUAUGAGUACUAGUAUAAAUUGUUAUGGUUGUUCCAACUUCCAAGGGGAUUUCUUUAUAAAAGGGUCUUGGUGCUUGGUGUGGUUGCGUA